AUGCAGCAUCUCAACGGCAACAACCUCGGCUCCUCCAUGCGAGACCCUCCCACCCCAGUCAAGGAAUCCCAUGCUUCACCCUCCGUCCCCUGCACAUAUGCAGUUGAUGAUCGCAACUCUUCCCCCCAAGCAACUAGCAACAUCCCUUCACCAGUCAACAAUCAACAAGCAGCACAAGACACAUGCUCAGCCUCGGCUGCUCGACCUAGCUAUCGUCACCCAUCCAUUCCCCGCAUUCCACCACCGUCCGUUGCGUCAACUACCGAAAGGCUUGCAGCCGAUUUGCUACCGCAGCUCGAUGGACCGCGCGACUACCAUCCUGAGAUGAUUCCAGCGGCUCUCCGACCUCCGUUUACAAGGCAAGGACACAGCAGCGCUCGAGCAGCCGUUGAAGCUCAGAUUGCAGUGCCCGAGAGUGCGAUUCAAGACCUUUUGCCUUUCUGCACGGUCGGGGCACCUCUGAAUGAGGGCCAACUCGUCGGGCUGAGCGACAUCGCAGGCAGUCUGAAGGAAGUCAUGCUGCUCGCUUUGCAAGCGCAGAGGGAUGAGGGCGUCAAGGCGGACAUGGCGAGGGCGGUUGGUGGACAGGCUGCUAUGGAGAUUAUCGAGUUCUUCGGUGACGAGUUCGAGACGUGA